AUGGCUCGACCUCUAGGGGCCGUUCGUUUGAAGCGGACGAAUUCAAUCACCCUCAUCAUCGGUGCCGCCACAUUCAUCUUCAUCUUUUUCUUCUUCUUCUUCUCGCCCUCCUCCCAAACCGUCAACCAAUCCACGCAAAAUUCCGCCAAGCGAUCAUCGAAAGGCAUACCCGCGAAGGCGCCGCCCGUUACCGUCUAUAACCUGAAUAAUGUUACCAUCACGAACGAUCCGGUCACUCAUCGCGAGUCCAUCCUGAUUUUGACACCCAUGACGAGAUUCUACCAAGAGUACUGGAACAAUCUUAUGAAGCUUUCGUAUCCCCACGAGCUGAUAACUCUCGGUUUUAUACUGCCCAAGACGAAGGAGGGAAAUGCUGCAACCGCAGCCUUGCAGAAGCAGGUCAUCAAGACUCAGAAGGGGCCGGAGAAGGAUCGGUUCCAAGGCGUCACCAUCCUCAGGCAGGACUUUGAUCCUGUUCUUUCAUCUCAGGAUGAGAGCGUGAGGCACAAACUAGAGCAUCAGAAGGCUCGCCGCGCCGUCAUGGCAAAAGCGAGAAAUUCCCUCCUAUUUACCACCCUAGGAGCCUCGACGUCAUGGGUUCUCUGGCUCGAUGCCGAUAUUGUCGAGACGCCUCCCACCCUCAUUCAAGACCUAGCUCUACACGAUAAGCCCAUUAUUGCGCCAAACUGCUUCCAGAGGUUCAUCAAUCCCGAAACCGGAAAGCUGGACGAGCGAGGCUAUGACUUCAACAAUUGGCAAGAUAGUGAAACCGCCCAGAAACUCGCGGCGGAGAUGGGACCCGACGACGUUCUCUUUGAAGGCUAUGCCGAGAUGGCGACGUAUCGGACUCUGAUGGCCCGCGUGUCCGACGGAGGUGACAUUCACACUGAAAUGCCCAUCGACGGCGUCGGCGGAACCACUCUUCUCGUCAAGGCCGACGUCCACCGAGAUGGUGCUAUGUUCCCCCCGUUUGCUUUCUACCACCUAAUCGAGACGGAGGGUUUCGCCAAGAUGGCGAAGCGGUUAGGGUGGCAAGCCACUGGUUUACCAAACUACAAGGUUUACCAUUACAACGAGUAA